UGGGGUUAGAUUGCGAGGGUUCUUCCACGCUUUAUAUCCCGUGGAUCUUGAGAGGCGGCGUCGCGGCGAUGUCGCAGGUGCUCCGCAUCGCGUCACCGCUGAACAAUUCCGCCGCCGGUUGCUCUUCUGCGAAGCGUUUGCCUCCGCUGCUGCCGUCGUCGUCGUUUCUUCCUCCUCUUUACGGCGCAGUCGAUGCGAUAUGCGGAAGCCCUAACCAUCGUUGGGCGUUGCUUCAGAGGCAAUUGAGAUGUCAGGGUCGUCACUACUGCCUCUUCUCGGACAACCGGAAGCAGGAGCAAGCUAGAAAGGCACUGGAAAAUGCUUUGGGGGAAAAGACGACCGCAUUUGAAAAAUGGAGCAAAGAGGUUGAGAAUAAGCAAGAAAUGUCUGGCGGAGGCGCAUCAGGUCGUGGAGGCUGGUUCAGUGGCGGUGGAGGAUGGUUUGGUUGGUUUGCCGACGAAAAUUUCUGGUAUGAGACACAACAAGCUAUUCUGACCAUUGUUGGCAUUGUUUCCUUGUAUCUCCUGGUGGCAAAAGGCAACAUAAUAUUUGCAGUCAUCUUCAACUCAUUACUAUUCGCGCUGCGAGGUGUUCGAAACUGGCUUGCUGCCUUGUCAUCUGGCUUGCCAAAUAGAAACUUCACUCUCGGAUCAAACUCCAUCCCUAUACCGAAUCGAAACACAAAUGAAAUGCAUCAGACCCAACUAUCUGCUAAGGAAAGGGUAAUUAAGAAAUGGGCAACCGAUUAGAACAUACUCUCCCGUGGUGCUGUGUUCAGUGGUAUUUUAAUAGCCACUUCUAAAAUUAACUUUUAUAAAUUGCAAAGCACUUCCAAAUGUUUGUUCUACAAAUUUUAGGGUUGAAUGGGUUGCCUUCACUCAAAUGUAAACUUUUGCUACUCUUAUGUGGAUUUAAUGUUCAUGCUACCAAUGGGUGUGCGAUGUAAUGUUCAUGCUAUGGCAUUGCUCUAUGUUUUUUUAA